AUGCUGUUGGUGAAACUCGCCGCGUUGGUGGCGAUGGGCGCCAUCCUCUGCAGCCGGCAGUCCGCGCCGCCGCGCCGGAGCUACGACGACAAGGUCGCGGACCUCGUGGCGUCGGGCGCGGCCCAGGGCUUCGCCUCCAUCAAGAAGACGACGACGGGCAACCGCUUCGAGUACCACCGCGUCAAGGGCGCCGACGCGCCGAGCGGCGCGCGCGUGGACCUCAGCGGCUUCGACGGGGUCAUCGGCGUCGACGCCGACGCGCCCGGCGGGCCCGUCGCGCACGUCGAGGGCCUCGCGACCAUGGAGACGGUCGUCGCGCAUCUCGAGCCGCUCGGCUACCGGCUGCCCAUCGUGCCCGAGCUCAAGCACAUCACCGUCGGCGGCGCCAUCUCCGGCGUCGGCAUCGAGUCCGGCUCCUUCCGCCACGGCUGGUUCCACGAGGCGCUCGUCUCCGCGGAGGUGCUGUCGCCCGGCGGCGCGAUCCUCGCGUGCGGCCCGGACGGCGAGCACGCGGACGUCUUCCACGCGCUGCCCAACUCCUACGGGACGCUGGGGUACGUGCUGCGGGCGACCCUGCGGCUGACGCCGUCGAAGCCCGUCGUCGCGGCGACGACGACCGUCUACGGCUCCUUCGCCGACGCGGCCGACGCGAUGCGAAAGGCCGCGGCGAGCCACGAGUUCGUCGAGGGCCUGUGGUGGGCGCCGGACCGCGUCACGGUGACCGUGUCCGACUACGCGGAACAGCGGGCGGGCGAGACGCUGCGGCGCUUCGACGGGCUCGACAUCUACUGGAAGGCCGUCCGCGAGGAGGGGACGCUGCGGAUGGCCGCGGAGACGUACUACUUCCGCUGGGACCCGGACUGGUUCUGGAACAUCCCCGUCGACGCCGGCGGCUGGCUCGUGAGGUACCUCGUGCCGCGGAAGCUGCGGACGUCGUCGACGUACAAGUGGCUCCGGAGCCUCCGGGUCAUCAAGGCGUGGCACCGGCUCGAGACGCUCUGGAAGCCCAUGGGCCAGCCCUUCGUCCAGGACUGGGCCGUGCCCUGGUCCCGGGCCGUCGACUUCGUCGCCGAGGCGACGAAGACCCUCGUCCACCGGCCGAACGUGCCCUACAUGCUGUUGCCCGUGGGCACGGGCGGCAACUUCGCGACGCACUACCCGACGGCGAAGGAGGACUUCUACCUGAACCUCGGCACCUACACGGAGAUCGACGUCUCCUUCGCCGACGCCAUGGCCGAGACGAAGCGCAUCGACGACCUGUGCCUCAAGAAGCACGGCGGCAUCAAGAUGCUCUACUCGUCGUCGUUCGUCGACAAGGCGACCUACGACGCCGUCUACGGCACGCUGGACCCGGCGACGCGCGCCAAGGUCGACCCCAAGGGCACGCGGCCCUCGGUCUUCGAGAAGACGGCCCACCCCUCGGUCCUCGACGCGGGCGCGGACCUCGUACUCGGCUACUAG